AUGCUAUCUCGCCAUGCGGCAGUCUUGCCCUGUAGAUGCAAGUCUUCUGCUACCCGUGCGAUAGCAGGAGUGUGUAUCAGGCCGGCAUCUGUGGCGCGUAAUCCCCGCAGGACGUAUGUGUCUGCUGUCAACCCACCCGUCACUAAGGUGGAAAAGAUACUCGGGGAUGCGAUAAAAGCCGCUGGGCCAGUGUCGUUCGCGACCUACAUGCAAAUGUGCCUGUCGCACCCGACUCAAGGCUAUUACAUGAACCCCUCACACCCCGUCUUUGGUUCUAAGGGGGACUUUACGACUAGCCCUGAGAUCAGCCAGGUGUUCGGCGAGCUCGUCGGAAUAUGGCUGCUAUCACAGUGGAUGCACGCCGGGAAUGGACGCCCCAUCCGGCUGGUCGAGCUAGGUCCUGGACGCGGGACCCUAGUUCAUGAUGUACUCAGAGUCUUGUCACAAUUCCCUGCCGCGCACACAGCGAUACGGGAAAUCCAGCUGAUUGAGACUAGCUCGGCAAUGCGUUCCAGGCAAGAAGACAAACUCUCUGGAAUAGCACAGCAGCAGGGAUGGAAACUAGAAUGGAAUUCCUCCUUAAACGAAAUAAGCUCAGAUCCAAGCGCGUUCACCAUGAUCCUGGCGCACGAGUUCUUCGACGCGCUGCCAUUCCACCUCAUUCAGCGUACCCAGCAAGGCUGGCGGGAGGUGUUGAUCGCAGCUAAUCCCGACACUUUCGUGCCAACGGACAAAAGGCCCUUGCUUGACUUCACCACAACGUCUCCACCCCCUCCUACCGCACUUGCAAAAGCACCAGCACGCUUCCAUCGGGUCCUCGCACCCGAGCCCGACCCGUCCGCCCUUCUGCUGAGCCAGUCCUCCCCUCGCUACACAUCGUUGCCCGUCGGCAGUCAAGUCGAAGUCUCCCCUGCAGCCUUCAAGAUUGCACGCAGAAUUGGCGAGCUUGUCCGCGACCCAGAGAAUGCGAAGGAUAGAUCUGCCGGUUGCGCGCUCAUUGUCGACUACGGUGGCGAGAAGGCAUAUGGGAGCUCCUUCCGCGCGUUCAAGGACCACAAAAUCGUCGAUGUCUUCCACCGUCCCGGCGAGUGCGACUUGACGGUGAAUGUCGACUUCGCGUACCUCAAAGAAGCCGUGCGCGACAUAGCUCUCCCGCUAGGACCCUUGUCACAAGCUGCCUUCCUCACUCGCAUGGGUCUGCAAGCACGGGUAGAGGCGCUGAAGAAGGCGUCAUCUGACGCAGAGCGAAAAGCGGACAUAGAGAGAGCCGCGCGGAGACUGGUGGAUCUGACUGGAAUGGGUGGACAAUACCAGGUCAUGGGCGUGGUGGGAGUGAGGGAGCCAGGUCCAAGCGAUGAGGAGCUAUGGCCGUUUGUUAAGUGA